AUGUAAUAUUGUAAGAAUGGCUUCAAAGACAAGAUAAGUAGAAAAAUAUAAAUAAAUUAAGAUUUCAUUCGAAAUUUUUGUUAAAUUAUAAAGUUUAAUACUAACUAAAGGUUCAUUCAACAAUAAAACAAACAAUUAUUGACAGAGGAAGUUAACUUUCUUAAAAUUGAUGAUGAUGAUGCUAAAUUGAAAAAUAAUAUUGGAAUUGGAGAUUAGGAAAUGGUUGAAGUAAAUAAAAAUAAUAUAAAAGUUUGGAAAAAGAGAAAAAAUAAACUAUUUAAGUUGGUAGUAAAAAAAAGUCUCAGCAAUCAGAUUAAAGAAAAUGAACAAAUUAGGGGAAGCUAAUUAAUAAAACCCUGAAAGUUCCGAGUAGUAUUUUAAAAAAGGUAUCUUAAAUCCACAUAAUAUCUAUAUUUAGCUUAUGCUUUAGAAGAAAUGAAUAGAUUUGAAGAAGCAUUGAAAUAUUAUGAUUUAGCUAUUAAGAUGAAUCCUCAUAAAUCAAAAUAUUAUGAGAAUAAAGGUAUAUUGUAAUUCUCAUCAAAACUAAGCUGAUACUUUAAAAAAAAUGAAUAGAUUAGAAGAAGCAUUGGAACAUUAUGAUUUAGCAAUUCAAAUAGAUCCUGAAAUUGCUAGGCAUCAUAAUAAAAAAGGUAUUUUUAAUACGAAUAAUAAAAAGCUUUUACAUUAAAAAUGAUGAAUAGAUUUGAGGAAGCAUUAAAAUAUUAUGAUAUAGCAAUUUUUUUAGAUCCUUAGACUUCAGGAUAUGAAGAUAAUAAAGGUAUAAUUAAAUCAGAUUAAUAACAAGCUUUUACAUUAAAAUUGAUGAAUAGAUUUGAGGAUGCAUUAAAACAUUAUGAUUUAGCUAUUCAAAAAGAUCCUCUCAAUUCAAAAUAUUAUAAUAAUAAAGGUAUAAUUUAUUUCACAUUAAUUUUAGCUGAUGUUUUAAAUAUAUUAAAAAGAUUUCAAGAAGCAUUGUAUUAUUAGGAUACGGCUAUUUAGAUAAAUCCUGAAAAUCAUGGCUAUUAUUAUAAUAAAGGUUAAUUAUAUCUUGAGUAAUCUCCUAGCGAUGACAUUAAAUAAAUUGAAUAGAUUAGAAGAAGCAUUAGAAUAUGUUGAUAAAGCAAUUUAGAUAAACUCUGAAAUUCCUCUCUAUUAUCAGGGUAAAGGUAUAAUUGAAUCAUAAUAAUAUUAAAGCUGUUAGUCUAGAUCAAAUGAAAAGAUUUAAAGAAGCAUUAAUUAUUUUUGAUUUAUGUAUUUAAAAACAACCAGAGGAUUCAGAUAAUUAUUUUUACAAAGGUAUAAUUUAUUGUACCUAAUAUGCAAGCUAAAACUUUAAUGCAUUUGAAUAGAAUUGAGGAAGCAUUGUAAUAUUUUGAUACAGCGAUUUUGAAAAAUCCUGAAAAUUCAAACUAUCAUAAUAACAAAGGUAUAAUUUAUUUCAGUAAAAACUCAGCAAAUGCUUUAUUUAAGAUGAAUAAAUUUAUGGAAGCAUUAAAAUUUUAUGAUUUAGCUAUUUAUCACAGCCCUGAUGACUCUUCAUAUUAUAAUAAUAAAGGUAGAGUUUCUUUCCCUUAAAAUCUUAGCUUGUGCCUUAUGUUUAAUGAAUAACUUUUCAGAAGCAUUAUAAUAUUAUGAUUUAGCGAUUUUGAAAAAUCCUGAAGAUUCAGAUUAUUAUCAUAACAAAGGUUCAAUUAAGCCAUUAUAAUAUCUUAGCGAUGGCCUUAGAUAAAAUGAAUAGGCAAGAAGAAGCCUUAGAAUAAUUUAAUUUAGCUAUUUUGAAAAAUCCCGAAAAUGCACUUUACUACAAUAACAAAGGUAUAAUUUAAUACAAAUAAUUUAGCCAUUACGUUAAAAAACUUGAAUAGAUUUGAAGAAGCAUUGGAAUUAUAUGAUUUAGCUAUUUAGAAAAAUCCGGAAAACCACAUUCUUUAUUAUAACAAAGGUAUAACUUAAUCGACAUAAAUUCUAAGCGACUUCUUUAACUAAAUUAAACAGAUUAAACGAAGCUUUAGAAUUUUAUGACUUAGCUAUUUAGAUAGACCCUUACAUUUCUGUAUAUUAUUCAAACAAAGGUAUAAUUCAAUAAUAUUUAAGCUAAUACAUUAGAGAGAUUAAAUAAAUUUGAAGAAGCUUUAGAAUAAUAUGACUUAGCUAUUUAAACAAACCCUGAAAAUUUCAUGAACUAUUAUAAAAAAGGUACUGUUAAAUCUAUAUAUCUCAGCAACCAUUUUAGAUAAAUUGAAAAGAUUUGUGGAAGCAUUGGAAUAUUUUGAUUCAGCUAUUUAGAAAAACCCGGGAGAUUCCAAUCUUUAUAACAACAAAGGUAAAUAUUAAGCACAUAAUAUCUAAGGCACUACUUUAUUUAAACUAAAUUAGUUUGAAGAAGCAUUGAAUUUGUUUGAUUUAGCUAUUUGGAAAAAUCCUAAAGAUAACAACAAUUAUCCCAGUAAAGGUAUAAUUAAAACUGAAUAUCUCAGCAUUGUGUUUAUUUAAAUUGAAUAGAUUGGAGGAAGCAUUGGAAUAAUAUGACUUAAUUAUUUAGAAAAACCCUGAAAAUUCUGAGUAUUAUCGGCUCAAAGGUUUUUAAUAUCCGCAUAAUAUCUUAGGCAAUACUUUAUUUAAAUUAAAUCGGUUUUAGGAAGCAUUGAAAUAUUAUGAUUUAGCUAUUUAGAAAAAUCCUACAAAUCAAGUCUGUUAUACUAAUAAAGGUAUAAUGUAAUUCUUAUAACAUCAAAGCUGAUGCUUUAAAAAUAAUGAGUAAAUUAAAAGAAUCUGGGAAAUCUUAAAAUAUUGCAUCUCAACAAUAGCCAAACUAAGGGUUUGGUGAGACUAACUACAAUUCUAUCUAUAAGACAUCAUCCUUAAUUUGA